AUGCCGAACACAGCUUUGCUAAAAGAAAAGCUGCUUUCCAUAGAGCUGGAAAAUGAUGACAAAGACUUUGAAGAUAUCAUAUACACAUCAGAACGUAGAAGCCAUGAUUCUGGCAGCACACCAUCUAUCGAUAGUCGUUCUAGCGAUGGCGGUGAAAGGGUAGUUUUUGAUUUCCCAUUCGAUGCUGGUAAAGAGGAGCACAAGCAAAUUAAUGAGCACUCGGAACAGCUACCAGAUCUGCAAAAUAGACGAAAGAGCAUUCAUGACAUUCUCGAACUACGCUCGUCCAUCGACCACUCCUUGAUCAAGCCUCCAAAACUGCAAAAACAGAAAUCAAAACGAAGCGUCAGCACUAGUUCCAAUAAAGAGGAGUCUGACUUUGAGCAUUUAGCGGAACUAGAGGAUGAGCCUCAGGUAAAACUGUCAGACUCUUAGAG